AUGGACCUCAUAUCUGCAAAGAACACGGAAGGCACAUCAACACUAGCCUCUCCAAGUACCACACCAAUACAAGUAGCCACCCCGGAAACCAGCGCGGUAUCAAACACACCGACAGACGAUGCAUCUUGCUAUUCUAGGUCUCUGACUCACACCGCGCUUCAAUCAGCAGCCUUUCGAUUCUAUGAUCCUGUGGAUGCAGGAGCAAUCAGCGAGGAGCGUGCGUAUCGUCUGCUAGAUGAGUUCAAACAGCAUUUCGUCUGGGCUUUCCCGUUCAUAGUAGUCGAUGUAGACGGUCCAACAUUGCGACGCCAGGAGCCCUUCCUCUUCCAUGCCAUCCUGACUGUCACCGCAUACGACACUCCAGGUCUACAGUAUGUGCUGUCUGACAAGCUGAGACACGAGAUUGGUAGAGUUGUAGAACACUCAAAGAAGAGUCUCGGGAUCCUCCAAGGCUUGCUGGUAUACGGCGGAUGGUACCAUGGCUUCUAUCAUCCAGCGUCUCAGCAACUCACAAUGAUUGUUCAUCUCUGUAUGGCCAUGGUACAAGAUCUCGGGCUCUCAAAGAAUAGGAAGCCGAAACCUGUGCGAAGGGGCGCUCCCGUUUGCGGAGGCGGAGGAACCAACCAAGUCAAGGGCACUAUGCACGAGAAGCGCGCUUUGCUCGGUACCUAUUUUCUUACCGUGACUUUUGCGCAAGCAUGGCGGCAGCGAACAAUCAUGCCAUACACCCGUUUCAUGGCACAAACCUGCGAUGCAUUUGAAAGUUCUGCAGUACUGUCCGACACGCUCAUUCGUCCUUUGGUCAAAGCGAGCGAGCUUCUGUCUCGUGCCAACGACCAUUUCUCAUACUCCGACAUUGACAAUGCGGAAGUCAGGGGAGCGAUCUUGAUCAGCAUGUCGACCAACAACUUUCUUGCAGAAUUACAGCACAUCAAAGACUUCAUCUCAUUCUUCCCGUUGCUCAAGGACAAUAGCCUCGGCUCAUGGACUGGUUGGUUCUAUGUAUUUGUCCUCAUGUGCAAGCUCGUUUUUCUGGAAGAGAAUGAGCGCCUAGGCGAGACGGAAGUCGACGAUUUGCCAGAGGAGAUCAACAACUUGACACCAGAAGCGUCUGGUGGCAUGGUUACCGAUCCGACUUGGAAUGCGAUCGCGCUCACCGAACAGUACGGUCUUUGUCAGCUAUCAGACCAAGUCAUGAAGAAGUUGACUUUCUCCCUACCCGAGGACUUCAUCCCAUGGCAAAAACCAAGAGGAGAACGACACUCGCUAUACCCCGUCUCAUGCUUACACAAGAUUAUGCUGCAAGGCUUAACGAAACGUAUCGAGCGACUCAAAGUCACUGACGACACCAUUCUUACUGGUAAUCAGGCCGCUGCAGCACCGGUAGCAUCCACACUAGGCUCCACAACUGCAUGGCAGGUACCUCACACCAAUUCGGACGAUGCCAGGCGCGUAUUGACUAUGCCUUUCAAUAAUUUCAUGAAUUUCGACUCGCUCAACUUCGAUGGCAUCACGUUGCCGUCGACGGACUUCUCGCAAGGCGGACAGGAGUGGGGUGAUAUCAUGUGGGACAUGGCUAUGGACGACUUUACGAUGCCGCAGCUGUAG